AUGAAAAAUAACAACAAUAUGCCUGCAUUUGGCUACCUUAAAAAGCUGAGGAGCCAAGCUCCAUAUUAUCAAGCAUCUAAUAGUGAAAUUCUUGAAGAUCUUGAAUUAUUAAACUGUUCCAUUGAUAGAAAUACACAUGAAAAUAAUCUUACUGCUGACAUAUCCUUGAAUUUUCCAAAGAAAAGAACUAGAAAUAUUCGAAAAUUUGAAGUAUCUGAUGAAGAUGAGGCUGUUGAAGGCUUAGCUAGUCUUAUGGCUAAAAUAAAAUCUAUGCCUAAGCAGGCUAAAUCGCCUCAGAACCUACCUCAAAAACAGCAAGAAAAUAUUCAACCUCAGCCUUUAAUACAAAACUAUGCGUCUUUUCGCAAUUUUAAUUUCCAAUCACUUCCAUAUGCUUUUCCACAGGCAUUCGGAUGGAGAAAUUAUAUGUAUCCUUAUCCGUAUCCUAAACAAUUUCAAACGCAGUUUAUCAGUGAUUAUGAAAAAAAAAUUAUUUAAUUUGUUUUUUAAAAAAAAAAAAAAUUUAAUUUAUUUCAGAUAUCAGUCAACCUGCUCAAACUAGAUCUUCUCUCAAUUUAAAUAGGCGCAGUAUGAUGCACUUAGCUAUUGCUCAUAUGAUAGCGCAAAAUCAGCAAAAAGUAAGAAACGAAGGGAUUGCUGUUAACUAA